GCCAAAGAAGUGCGUUGACACCGUCACCACAUUGACGAUUAGUUUCACGCAGCAAAAGCAAUAAAGCGGGGCAUGAUCAUCGUCAUUUUAGGUUGAGUUCGCGCUGCUCCACCCCCCCCCGGCGAGAGGGACUCGUCUGAGGAGUGAUUGCCAUCGGCAAUGUGAUUGCACAGCGCCAGGACAAGUCGCAUGAAAACUCAUGGCGCGACGUUGGGCACGACCUCCGCGAAACGCUUACGCCGAAACGGGAUGAUAACGUUUCGGUGGGCGAAGUAGAGGAACCGACGAAAAACGGUUACGGUGAUGCCGUUUAUGCCUCUUCAUCCAGGGGAAAACAGCCAAGUGUUUUCUCCCAAAAUGAAAAUGUGCGGCGGAGCAUGCAGGACUGUAUGUUCAACUGCGCGGACAAAACUGGGGCUUUUCAUCUGCAGUUCCGCCCUGCUGCUAAGCAGCACGUUCGUGUUGUCAGCGAACGCGGAAGACGCCAGCAGUAGGCAGCAAGAAAAUAGCUCCGCUACCGUGUCCUUUCUGAAAAAAGGCAAAGUCCGCGCCAGUAGACGAAAAAGCACUACAACCUCCACCGCGUCGAGAGGAAGGACCAGUUCGAGGAAGGCAGAGAGCGGUACUGAACAAGCGCAGCAGCAGCGGAAUGGGAAGACACGCAGAAAAAAGUUGGAUGUGGAAGAGACGACGAACGUGCACACGUAUAGCCGGUUCUACCCCUACCUGGAUUCCUUAAAUCCCACAGCGCCGAUGGACGAAGUGGGCGACCCCGUCGUGCCAUCGACGAUCAGUGGCAUGUGGAUGAACUCGCAAGUGUUCCCACCCUACCUCCUUCCCGAGACUUUUCCGAACGAACCUUCCGACGAGCCGGGGGCGGACGAGUCGAACAAGAAGGACGUGCUGUACUACCACAAAAAGCCGCACCGCGUCAAGUAUGGCAAGGGGGGGCACCAAAUUUUGGACUACGCCGUCAAGCCGGCCGACGGGACCUGGCCCAACGGGGACGUGCUGUUUCCCAAGGUGGAUAACAAGGCCGUCGUCCCCGACGCCACCACGCGCAGCAGCCGGAGCGGCGUGCACGAAACCGUGAUUGCCGGGCCGGCGGAGCGGAUCCCCUGGGACCAGCUGCCCAUCGUCGCGCCCGGGGAGCGCGGGGUCAUCGAAAAUUGGCAAAACACGGUCGGAAAAUUAGAUUACAUCCCGAAGCCCGUGGCGCGCUACCUGGAUCAGGUCCACGACGCGGGGUUCUCCUGCGAAAAUGACACGCGGGACCCCCGGUGUGUCACACCGGAUUGCCCGCUGAACGCGGUGGACGAUGGGCUGGCGCUGGUGAUCGGGAACCUAAAGGUAGAUCGGGUCGAAAUGCUGGAAAAAACGGCAGACGAUCUCUUCAAAGUCAGGGUAAGAGUGAUUCAUUUAUUGAUGUUAGUACCACGUUUGGUGGACUUUCUGAUGCAGUAAGUAGUACAUAUUACUAGAGCGGGGUAACAAAUGACCCGUUAACUCGCACCCGCGAGUUAACCGUCCGCCCGGCCGGCCGGACGGUUAACUCGCGGCUUGGAGUGUAGACAAAUCGCAAGGUGGUGCAAAUCUAACCCGAAGCGCUCGCCAAUCCUCACUGCAGCGUGCUUAUAUAUUCAGAAUUCAUUUACUGUGCUUAUUUAUAAAUGGAAUUGAUUGCAAAACUCGGCGAAAAAGCCGCAAGAGGCUGCAUUUUUUGCAAUUCGAAAUUGGGAAAGUUUUUCAUGCGUCACCGCUAGAACAGGGCGAGCGAAAAUCCGCCUGCGAGCUAAGAUCUUGCUUCAGUCGGCCUGUUCCUGCUGCUGGUGUUGGGUGUGUUGCUGAAAAUCUUUCCCAGUUUCGAAUUGCAAAAAAUGAAUCCAGUUACGGCUUUUCCGUCGUGUUUUGCAAUCAAUUUCAUUUCAAAAUAAGCGCGAGAAAAUUCUCAAUCAGCAUGCUUUAAUGAGGAUUGGCGAGCACUUCGGGGUGGAUUUUUAAGACCUUGCGAUUUGUCUACACUCCAAGCCGCGAGUUAACCGUCCGGCCGGCCGGGCGGACGGUUAACUCGCGGGCGCGAGUUAACGGGUCAUUUGUUACCCCGCUCCUACAGUGUUUUUCUUUUUUUUCAUCUUUGGGUUUGAACAUGACGCAUUCGAAAAUAAAGCUCAAUUUCAAAAAUUUGUAAAGAUAACCGGGUUGCACGACGAGGGCAAGGACUGCAGCGAGCUGGGAUGCACCAUACUUCGCCAGUGCUACCACGAAGCUACGGGUCCUUACGAAGCGGCCGGAUGCACGGAAAUGCAGUACGAGCACAAGUACGAUGCGUUUCGAAACUUGGAGACGCCGAAGGGACAGUGCCCAUCCUACCACGAGGUUUGCUCCACUGUUGUGCAACAAGUGCCAAAAGGAACCUUGUUCUUCAACGGAAAAGCAUGCGUUUGACAUUUAUAGCUUUUUUCCAUAAGUCGAUAAUACUGGUACGGCGCAAAGAGAAUGAGAAAGAUCUAG